AUGAUGGCUGCUACCAGACAGAUGUCUCCAAUACUUCCACGUACUUCAACCUUCUCUUCAUCCUCUUCGUCUGUCUGUGCUUCAGCCCCGUCCAAAUUUGAUGUAACAACCGGUAUUUCGAGCAGCAUAAGUACGAUCCAAAACAGCAAUAACAAUAAUAUUGUAAAGGAUGUUAGCUGUGGUAAAAGAAAAGUGAUAAAAACCGAGAGUCCCCAUUGCCAGAAUUCAGAUUACGGGGAACAUAUAAUGGAUGAUGAAGAGGAAAAUAAAGACAGGGCAGAGAACAUGGAAGAAGAAUUUCUUUUUUCAGAUGAUUUAGCGGGUAAAGUAAAACUUGUUUCGAAAAGUUUGCCCGUAAAAGAGGCAUGUAAUAAAUCUAUUCGACCUACAGGCUCUUUAGAACUAGCCAGCUCCGUGCAAAUGCUGCCUAAUUGUUUUGAAUCUCCUUCCGCCGUUGCUACACCUUGCUUAUGCACCACCUCCUCAUCUUCUUUUCCGCCCUUAGCACCCACUUCCUCCUCCUCUAAGCUGAAUUCAAUUUCCAAUAGUUCUUCAGAAUUCCCUAUAUUGGAACCACUUUCUUCAGGGUCAAUCGUGUGCAGUGAAUUUAGCGGCGAUGCUUCUCAGAUAACAAUAAGGACGGAUAAAGUUAUUGUGCCAUACGCAUCGCCAACACCACCACAACUAUCGUCAGUAGCAGAGCCGACAUUAUUCAGACAAGGUGCUUCACUAUUAUUUCAUAAGGACAGUCUAAAUCUGGAUGUAUUUCAUACCAGCUCACGGAAGACAGAGUUCAAUCAACACUUCCAUACACCCGAACAGGAGGAGGCAGAGAUGAUGUCCGACGACGAAGACCCAGAUCACUGCGCCUCACCAAGUGACGCUCGGGGUGAUGGCAGCGUGAUGAGCAUGGAACUUAACGGAUUGCCAUUACUUAGCAACGACCGCUGCGACAGCCGAAGUGGCAGUCUGGGUUUGCUUGAUGAAACCGAGAAUGUCACAACCCACGACAUUUUAAAAUGCGCUGACAUCCGAGCUGAAUCUGCAAUUUUGGAGGAGGGCAAGUCAGAGCAGCAGUGUCAGGCUGGGCUGAUUUACGGCCCAGGUACAGCCACACUCUUUCCAUCUACGCCACUUGUUCAGGCUCUAACAUUACCACUUUGCUAUCAGACAGGGCAGGCAGUGAACGCUUAUGGACUUCGCAAUGAGUUGACGCCAUUGCAUUUCCUCCUAUCAACAGCUCAAAAUUCAUCUCUGGCACCAACUCUUCAACUGCCACAACCCCGCAUACUACAUCCUUCAGCUGGGCAUGGAAAUCCAUAUCACUAUCACUUGCAAAGCUUUAGCCCUCGAUUCGGAGGAGGAUGCCACUUUCAGAUGUACGCCAGAUCCGACCGUCUACGCUCAAGUAGAAUCGCCCAUCCACUACAACCACCUCCACUGCCAAGGGGGGCAGCGAUUGCCACAGCCGGUCUGGGAAGCAUUUGUCCACCGGCAAACCAACCUCAACCGCAUUUACACAUCCAUGGUCAAGUAGUGCAACAAAUCCAGCAUUCGCCUUUGGCUCACAUACACACUCAAGGCUUCCAAGCUCCUCAUCUGCAAUUAGCUGAUUCCUCUAUGCAUACGAUGAGCCACGAGCAACCGAGAUCCGAGCUGGGUGGUCCAGUGUUAACUGGGAAAGAUUUGUCGAGAUCCUGUUACUCAGGAGCCGGAGUUGCUCCUGGUGUUUUACUGAAAAGUGGGCAAUAUUGUCAGCAAACGGUAAACAAUAAGGGCCAGCAGGUUAUAACUAUUCGCAUGCUGAUGUCGGGAAAGGUCAGUGCCGAAAUAGCGAAAAUGUGUCAGGUUAAUAUUUCUUUACCUUAA